UCGACCGAGUCGUUCCGUCAUAAUCACUCCGGUAAAAGUAUGAGUUUCUGUCAGUCUUUUUGAAUUUAUUUUUCAUGUCUAUUGAAAUAAUUCGAUACCAACGAAAUAGUUUCCCAGGGAAAAUAAACGGGAAGACAAUGAAAAUGAAGCUAUCGAUAGCAUGAGGUCUCGUUCAUCGAGUCUAUGAUCGAUCGGAUGUGUUCCCGCGCUUUAUGUAGACCGGUUGACGAUCCGUUGUGAUGUUCAUGAAAGAAAGUGUUGUGAUAAAAUAAAAAGUGUUUCAAGUGUCUCGUGAAGUGCCAAAAAAAUAGACUAGGAUUAUUUCUCCCGGGGAAAGGAUGUCGAUUGGAGACAGUUCCAUCGACGAUAAUUUCGUCUUCGGGGAAGACAUGGAUAUGUCCAUUGUUUCCAAUUCGGAUAACUCGAGUAAAGAAGGGAAAGCAAGAGGGAUAAUCGAAGAGAAUCUAGGAACCUGCGGAAUAGCUGAUUUAGAGGAGAGAGUCCUGAAACCCGUGUGUCCCAUUCUCAAGGAGAAUCUGAUUGAAAUUAUUGACGAGAUCGAGAGCAAGCUGGGGCGGAGUAAGAGUGCACGAGUCUUCGAUGACCUCUUCAUCAAGUGUCAGAGUGCACUUGAACCCUGGAAUGAACUGAUGACUCACGUGGAGUUGCUGGGAAAGUCCCUUAACCCGGCGAGCUUGAAGAGUUUGAUCGAUAAUUUUCCGAAUGCAGUCAUCAGAGUCUCAGGACAUUGCAAGAGUAAUAGACACGUGUAUCCCAAAGAGCAAUUACCACCGCUUCUGUCCGACGUUUUCAGGAAGGCCUGCGGUCUCGUCAAGGUCUUCUGCAAUCUCGUCACCUCGAGGAUUAGCUUCUCACCUCAGGAUGAUCAAGCCGUUCUCAAGAGGAUCAUCUCGGAUGUCGGAGAGAUUGCGAGGCUGACGACUUACGAUCUCGUGACGAUGGGCCACGCCUGGAAGACUUUCACGAAGCUGACGAUCAUGCACAAGGACAUCCUCAUCCGCGAAGACUGCAUCGAUAACGUCAGGAGUCAUUUCAAGCAUUUAACCAUGAUCAUUAACUCUCUGUACAAUAAUAUUAUAAAAUCCUCAGUGGGUGUAUUCGAGAAACGAGCGAAGUGCACUGUCUUCCUUCUAUCCAUUCUGGAGCGUCUUCAGUCGGUCUUCUGCAAGGAUCAUCCUCUGAAGGACGACUUCAUCAGGAAAAUGAUGGAGAACUUGAUCAACUUGUCUGCAAACCACGUCAUGUGCACUGGGGCGAGGCUCGAGGACCAGAAGGAUCUUUAUAAAGCAAGAGCGAAAAUCAUCACUUCCAACCAUGUGGAAUCGAUAAUAAACUGCUACACGGACUCAGAUAUAUUCUGGAGAAUAUUCUUGGAGGAAUUUGAGGAAGUGAAGAAAAGAAAGGAUCUCAAAUACGCGAUGGGAUACCACUCGAUUGUCUUGUUGACGAGCCAGAAAUGGAAACCUGAAGAUCUGUUCUUUCAAAUAGCAAUUGAAAAUAUUAAUAAUCUCCAGGAGGAAGUGCUUGUUAGAUCCCUGGAUUUCCCAGUGCUGGAUGAUGAAGAUAAGAGUGUAUAUGAAAUGACGCUGUCAGCUCUGAUGAAUUUUUUAAUCAGGCGGAUCGAUGAUUUCAAGGUUUACGAGAGAAUGCUCCUGAAGAAUCUCAUGAGCGAGAGUUUGUGGCCCUCGCUGAUGGCCCAUGACGUUUUGCAGGGGAUUUAUAGGAUCUCCAGUGAGGAACUCCUGGUGAUUCACAUCCGCCAGUUCAUGGGGGCCUACGAGGUGCUGGAGGAACGAGGUGAUAGCCUCUCUGGCGUUAUCCUCGGAAGAUUGAUUCUUGAUAUUUAUGAGAGGCUUUCUACUGAGGGAAGGGAGACGGCAUUGAGGAAUUGUACUAGUCCGAGAAGUCUUCGGGUGAUACUAAAAAGUGGAUCAUCCGACGAUUCUAUCCGGGCCAGACAAAUGGCCUUGUACAGGAAAAUUACAGCUGUCGAGCCAGUCAAUAGUCUUCCAGAAGUUAUUGCGGAUUUACGUCGGCAGCCGACUGUUAAAAAUUGGAAUCGCAUGGUGGAGAUAUUAAAAUUGAUGGGAAUUGUGAAGGAAAUUACAAAUCGAACGAAUACGGAAAAACUCUGCGAAGUUUCUUCUCUGGUAAUGAAUGCUGUUGAAGACGCUACUGGAUGCAGGAAGAUUAUGCUGUUAGAUGUGAUUUUGCUGUUGUUCGAUUGUGCGGAGAUCAAUGCUGGGGAUCAGUCCUUUAAUUGGUCUUUGAUUUCGGUAUUAUUCUCGAGAGUGACACAUAAUUCAGACCUCCCCCUCGAUUUUCUGAUUAAAAUUUGUCAUUAUUUAACGAAAAAUGCGCAUCGAUUGAAUUCCACGAGUAAAGAGAACAUGCCAGUUCUAUCGAAUGUGUUCUGUUAUUUAUUGAAUCACAGGAAUGAUUUCGUUCGUCAGGAGGCACUCGAGGCCUACGAUCACAUCGUCGAAACGUGUGGUAAUGAUGAUUUAGUCGGGAAUAUAACCAGAGUAAUCGCACAGCAUCCUGAACUCCGAGACAUGGUCUCGGCGUACUUGAAAAAGCAAUUGCUGGUGGAAAUUCCUUGGAUCGAAUAUUUGAGAAGUCUGUCAAGGAAUACUCUACAGUUUUGUACGCUUCAUCCCCACCAGUGUCGGGAAGAAGAAGAAGAGAUUGAACACGAGGAGAAGAGAUUCAAAUCCGACCGCCAAGAUUUAGACGCAAAAGGAGAGAACAUUUACGAACAAUUGAAGCUGUUGUGUAAUGAAAAAAGUGAUCUAAGGCCUGAGAUACUCGAAAAAUUAAAAAAUGCCUGUCGAAGAUUUCUAACCGAAUGAAAUCCUUUUUUCAUUUCGUUAAUUUUCUAAUUUAAAAUCAAACGGUCUGAUAAAAUCAGGGGAAUAACGAACAAUUGGAAGUUUCAGGAUGUGACUAUUGGACCAAAUCAA